CCGGCCAGCCGCCCUCUGUCUUACCCAACAGUGUCGCUGCCCUCUGCUCCAGCUCGCCGUCGCCCUUUGGUCCUGCUCGCCGCCUUCUAUCUUCCCUGGCAGCAUCGCUGCCCUAUGUUUCAUCUCGGCGCGUUGCUCUGCUUCGGUUCGCCUCCGCCCUCUGUCUUCCCCCGCAGCGCCGCUGCCCUUUGUCUUCCCCGGCAGCGUCGCCCUCUGCCUCUAUCCAUCACUUGUUCUUCUUGGUCGAAGGAUCUAUCACAGUCUCUCAACCCUCUGUCAAUCUUCCCUUCCAUAACUGCUUUUGAAACCGGCACCAUUAUCAUCAUGAUUUAAUUGCCUCGCUCCCAUGGACAAUGCCCAAAUUUAUUCCAUUAUAGCACCCCUGGUAAUACAAGAGUUUAACUUAAAGGCCGGCCACCUCCGAAUCCGCUAGCCAACAACCGCCACCGCUUUGCUUCAUUUGAGAUUUAUGUUAGAAAAUAGAAUAGGAAUAAAUGUGUCUAUUUUUAAAUUUAGGGCGAUAAAAUUAAAAUAUCUAGGGCGACGAAUAGUAACUCCCUUUUGUUUUUGUCGAUUGAAAAUUAUCAGUUUUCUUUUCCCGAGCGAGGGAAAACUCCCUCCCAUGACCGCCAUCUACUAAUUACCGAAAAUUUCGGAGGGAAAUUAUCCUCAUCCGCUUUUUUGUUUUCCAUCCAAAAAUUUAUAUUUCCUUUCCAUGAGCGAGGGAAAACUCCCUCCCACUGACAACCAAUUGAUAUUUCAUUUUCUUUUCAGAGACUAACCUGUUUUUUGAGAAGUUUAUGGUAUGUUAGGGUACAAGGUAUGUAGUGGAGAGUAUAGGAUAUAUGGUUAGGGAAAGUUUGGAUUGAGUUGGUCGGAUUAUGGGUUAGUCGGGUUCGGGUUAAUCGGGUUGCGGGUCAGUCGGGUUGCGGGUUAGUUGGGUUGCGGGUCAAUCAAGUUGUAGGUCGGGCGGGUUAGGGGUUGUUGACUUUUAGUCAAUUCGAGUUGCGGUUAGGUUGCGGGCCGGGUUGAUCGGGCGAGUUAAUCUGGUCGGGCUAUGUUUUGACACCUAUACCUGCUGGUGUCGUUUCCCCUUCCCUCCUGGCAACCGGUGCUCUCCCUCUGCUGGUGUCGUCUCCCACUUGAGUUCGCUUAAAAUUGUAGAAUUUAACGACGUUUUAAGAUAUUUGAAAACUAUCCUUUUUCAAGUGAAAUGUUUGAUGGAUGAAGGAAUAACAUAUUUACCACCAAAAAAAUUUAUUAUUGAUCUAUUUAUAAAGUUAUCUCUCUCUUCUUUUAGUAUUUAUGUUCAAUUUUACUCAACAUUAAGAAUGUAAGUAAAAACAAGCAGAAAUAAUAAUAUUUUUGUCAAUUAAACAAAAUAUAAAGAUGGAAACAAAGAAUAACAUAUAUCGGGUUUGUUUAAACAAAAAAUAUAUGAUUAAAUCUUAUCAAUUAAAUUAUCUACUCAUUUUACCCAAAAUUUAAUAAUAAGUUACAUUUUGAUAAAAAAUUUGAAGAAAUACACACAUAAAUAACAAUAUCUUUGUCUAUUAAAUAAAAUAUAACGACACAAAGAGAUAAAUCAAGUGUUUGACAAUCAAUCGACUUUGAAAAAUAAAAUAUAUGAAUUUAUAUAUUAAAACUUCUCUUAUUAUACUUCUUUAUAAUAUAUAUGUCUACCAGUUAAAAUAGUUAUUAUAUAAAUAAUUAUUUCACAUAAUAAAAUAAUUUUCAGAAUAUAACUUGAUCGAAAAAUAAUAAUUAUUUCUUAAAAAUAUUUCUAUUCAUCCCGAUUAAGUGAAAACAUAUAUUAAUGUUCUACCUGAAAUUUCUCAAAGGAAGAGUAAUCAUGUGCAAUAUUUUAUAAUUUGGUUUAAGCUCACAUUAAAAUAUUUUAUUUAUAUGAUUUGGUUGAGCAUGCACAAUUGAGGUCAUAAAUAAUAUGCUAAUAAAUUUUCUUUUUCGGAUUUAGAGUUAUUGUCGAGGAUUAUACAUCAAAUUUUUUAAAAUGAGUUAAGUAUGAGUUUUGACAAACUUUGACUUCAUACCUUAAGACGAGACACAAUAUAUCUUAAAAAAUGACACAUGUGAAUGUUAAAGGAAUCUUUGUUGAGAAUAUACAAUAAACAUCACGUUUCAUCAAUCACUGACAUAGACAUUGAUCCAAUAAGGAUUGAAAAUUUUCAUUUAAUAAUUGAAUAUCUUUAGACAAAUCAAAAUUUGAUUAUUGAGACAAUAAAUAAAUAUCACUGUUUUAGGUGAGAUAUCUAAACAAAAAAAAAUUCAUAAUUACAAGAAUCUAAAUCAAGGUAUUGUGUUAAAAUGAAGAAUUUCUAAUAAGGAUGAGUUUAGUAAGGCAAUUAUAAUUAGUUAUUUGGUUAUAUGGUGCGAGUCUAUGACUCCAUGCCAACUUUUGGAAAUAAUAAAAACUUUUUCAAUAUCAAAGUAUCAGAUAGGAAUUUUCUAUUUUGUAACAAUAAGCAAUUUGUAUUUACAAUAAAUUUGUCUACAAUACAAACAAGAAUUCACAUGUAUGUGAAAUGUCACAAUAUUUGUAUGAAUUCUUAAAAGUUUAUAAAAUAUUUCAAAAAAUUAUAAAUCAUCAUUACUUAACCUUAUAGGAAUUUAAAACUAAAUUAGUGUCACAUCAACAAAUGGCUAGCUCUCAUCCUUCCAUAGUGGACAACUUCUAAUUCUUGCUUAUAUAUAUUUUUUGUUUACUCUUUAAAUUGUCAUUAUUAUAAAUAAACGUAAAUUAAGUUAAUAACACGGAAUGCAAUAUUUUGGUUUGUUCCUAUUCCUUUUCUCAUACAAAUUAUCUAUACAAAAAUUAAGUGCAACAUAACAUGGAAGAAACUAUUUCCUUAUUUUCGUCUCUCUCCUCUUUUGAAAUCCUCUGAAAACUUCUUCGAGUAUUGCGAUGGCCGCCGUCGCCGACGGAGCCACGACUGGCGCCGUUGGUGGCGGUCGGUCUUGGGCUUCCUUAUUUCCUGUAUCGGCAGAGGUCAAGUUGGAUUUCUUUGAGCCUGAGUUUGUCAAUGGUUCUCUUCGGAUUCCCAAAUCAGUAGUUGAGGAGGGCACGAAGAAUUGGGAACAUAGCCUUGUGGGUCAAUUCCUAGCCGUUCCGCCUUCGCUUUUGGCACUACGAUUCUGGGCUAACUGGAUUUGGAGCCGGGAUGGGGAGGUCAAGGUUUCAUUCCUUGAUGACAAGCUGGUUCUCUUUCAAUUCCCGUCGGAGGCGACUUGUCGAUGGGUGUUUGAAGGGGGGCCGUGGCACUACCGAGAGAAGAUCAUAUGUCUUCGGCGCUGGAUUCCUGGGAUUAGAGCACUGGAGAUUGACAAUUCCGCUAUUCCAGUUUGGGUCAGGCUGUUUGGAUUGCCCGCUGAGUUGGCGAUGAGAGAAGGAUUAGGUCGAAUUGCAAGUUCUAUCGGUAAGCCUCUCUGUAUGGAUCAUUCUACAGCACAUAGGGAGAGGGUGGGUACUGUUCGUGUAUGUGUGGAAGUCAGUGCUGCUAAGCCUAGAGUUGACAAAAUCAGCAUUGCUCCUGACGAUAUGUCCGCGUUUACUAUUGAUAUUGAGUAUUGUGGCCUCCCUCGAUGUUGUACUGCCUGUGGAGUGUUUGGGCAUGACUGCUCCCUUCCCCCUUCUGGGGCUCCCACUAAGCGUGUAUGGCGUCGAAAGCAGGUCAAGGAGGCUGACCUAGGACAGUCUGAGGUUGCUGUUUCUGAGAUUCCACUGGAGAAAGGGCUGCAGAUUGCUCCUGAGAAAGUUGUACCAGUUUCUGGAGGUGAGGUAGCUGUUGAUAAGGGCAAACAGGUAAUGGUGGACUCAACCCCUCCUGUUACCCCAAGUGCUCUACCCUCGCAGGAAGAAUUUAACAAGGUGAUCAAUGGGGCUAAGGCGAGGUCUAAUCUGAAGUUGCCCACUCCUAUUCUGCAUUCUAACGCGUUUGAGCUAUUAUGUGGCCAAAGGGAUAUUGUUUUACAGGCCCCUCCACGAAAAGGGGGUAGAGAUGGACUUCGAAGUAAGGGGGGAACCACCAAGGUGGUUUCAACUCAUAAAUGACACUGCUUAUAUGGAACACAAGGGGAUUUAAUGGCCCCUUGAAGCACAAUGCAGUGCUUCGUUAUCUUAGAGUAUAUAGAAUUUCUAUUUUUGCUUUACUUGAAACUAGAGUGCAAAAUAAAAAGAGGAUUGAGGA